AUGGCGCGUGGGAAAACGUCACCUGAAAGCUCUGACGGCCAACGGGACCUCAUCUGCCUUGCAUGCAGUGUGGGAUGGCUGAAAUUUGCAGGGGAGGAGCCACUUGCCUGCACCGGUGUAGAAAAGCCUGAAUCGCCUGAUCUGCUCACGUGCCCUGUUUACCUGCCGUCCUUGUCGGUGCCAGCUCACGUCGAGGACGUCGAGGACGUCGAGGACGUCGAGGAUGUCGAGGACGUUGAGGACGUCGAGGAGGUGGAGGGCGUCGAGGAUGACGAGGAGGACGAGGAGCAUGCGGAUGAUUGGCAGACCCUCAAGCAGGUUUUGCUGGAGGAGAGGGGCUGGAUGGGCAUGGGGUCUCUUUCGCGCCUCGGCUGCGUUUUUGUUUUUCAUUUUUUCUGGCUGGCGGUCAUUGCAACACCAGUGCGCUGCCGCACGCCGCCGCGCACAAAGGAAGGCGUCCGAAAGGUUGUGCCGAGUGGCGAGGUCUUUGAUCCCGUGCACGACUUCUUCAGCUCAAAGAGGGUGCAAAGCAUCGUCUGUGCCCGCUGCAAUGGGCUCUGCGCUGAAAACACGAGCUUCGUUGUGGAGGCCUACGAUGGUGAGCGGGAUAUGAUAUGUCAAAGCUGUUCCACCAACUGGCCGAGACAUUUGCUGUCGUCAGUAGCUGGAAGAGGUAGUGUCGGCUCGCUGAAGAUCUGGGAGCCGAUCAAGCCCAUGGAAAGCCUGGCCUCCGACAGCCACACAGAUGGAGAGGAAGCUGAAGCUGUCGCAGCUCCAGACGGAAGCUCCCCAAGUUGCCCUGCAACGUUGCGGGAAGGCAUGCCUGCACAUCGCCCUGCACUCUCCGAACCUUCUGAGACGAUCUCUGACACCUCCACUGAGCCAGAGUCAGAGACCGAGACUGAGAGUGAACCCGGCGAGAUCAAGUGCCGCUCAGAUGCCAGAGCUUGUCCAUCCUCGUCCAGCGCAAGUGAACAGUCGUAG